UUUUCGAAACUUUGGCGGGCCAGAUCGUCAAAAGCGAAGAGCCUCGUCCUGGGAGCUCAGCCUCCUCCUCGUCUGCCGCGACCCAUUCUCCGCUCGUUUCAUCAAUGCCGCCUGUGCACCUGAAGACCCUCAUGUGGGCGCUCUUCGAGGUUGUGCGAGGGCAGGGGGGCAAAGCACCCCUCCCGAAGUCGGGCCCGGUCCCUGCGUUCCCGCUGGCGCCAUGUGGGGCUACAACUUACCGCCCGCAAUGUCUGGGUCUAACAGGUUGCAAGGCUAUAGCUACCUCGCGCAUGCUUUGCCUGGCCGAUAAUGGUGCGUGAGCCUGCAACGCGUCAACUAGUGUCCUCACAGAUUUUUUUUUUAGGGCUUCCUGAUCCAUUCUGCUGAUCGGUAUUCCGCAUGAGAAAUGCCCUCUAGUACUCCGCGUAGAUACAGUACAGAAUUUUUUGGAAAAAUCAAAGAGAAAGACAGCAGCACAAAUUGCAACCUGCCAAUAAACCCAGACGCAUUUGCAAUGCAUACGACGUUGCCGGACGCGAUUCGGGUGACGGAAAUGCUCGCGAACAAGAUGCUGCGCGC